AUGGAAACCCCCCUCGCCCAGUAUCUCUUCACCCGCCUGCGUCAGUUGGGACUGCGCUCGCUGUUCGGCGUCCCUGGCGACUACAAUCUCCGUCUCCUCGACCAUGUUGCCCCUGCAGGCUUGGACUGGGUCGGGAACUGCAACGAGCUGAACGCCGGGUACGCCGCCGAUGGCUACGCCCGGAUCAAGGGACUGGGCGCCCUCGUCACCACGUUCGGCGUGGGUGAGCUGUCUGCCAUCAACGCCGUCGCAGGCGCCUUUACAGAACGCGCCCCCGUCGUCCAGAUCGUGGGCAAACCGCCACGCGCCACGCAGGACGCCCGGACUGUCGUCCACCACACCCUGGGCGACGGCGAGUACGGCCACUUUGCUCGCAUGCACACGGCCAUCACCGUUGCCCAGGCGAGUCUGCGAGACCCGCAGACGGCCCCCGCGCAGAUCGACGUCGUGCUGCAGCAGUGUCUGCUGCAUUCCCGGCCUGUGUAUAUCGAGAUCCCGGACGAUCUGGUCGACGUGCCGGUCUCGACGGAGCGGUUGAAGACGCCUCUCACGCUCGAUAUGGAUACCCCCUCGCAGUCAGACGAGGAGGUGGUGUCUUUCCUUCUCGAGCGCAUCCACGCGGCGAAAGCACCGCUCAUUUUCGUCGACGGCGAGAGCCGCGCGUUCAACCUCGUCAAGGAGAUCAACGAGCUCGUUCGGGCCACCCAAUGGCCUGUCUGGACGUCUACAUGGGGUAAGAGUCUAGUCGAUGAGACGCUGCCCAACUGCUAUGCGAUCUACGACGGCGAGUGCGCGCCGUACAAGACGUACUUCGAUGCAAGCGACCUGGUGCUCUGCUUUGGGCCGCACUACAGCAAUACAAACUCGAAUUUCUUCCAGGCCAUUCCUAGUCCGGCCGUGACGGUGAAUUUCACGGGGACAUCUGUCGGCACCGCCAAGAAGACAUUCUACAAUCUGCGCGUCAAGGCAAUCCUGUCUCGUCUCCUGGCGGCCCUUGAUACUUCAAGAUUACCGGUGUCUUUGGUAGUAGCGACCGAGCUGGCACGAGUGGAACAAGAAGGAAAAGAACCUACCCUUCCACUGCAACUUACCCAGAAAUCUCUGUGGCCUGCCAUGGCCACCUUCCUGCGUCCCGGCGACAUCAUCCUCACCGAGACCGGCACCUCAGCAUAUGGCCUCCGCAGCAUCCGGCUCCCAGAGCAGACGCGGCUCUUCGGUCCAGCAACCUGGCUAUCGAUCGGGUACAUGCUGCCCGCGACAUUGGGGGCGGCUCUCGCCCAACGGGAGAUCCAACAGGGCGAGCACAACGCCGACUUCACCACCUUCAUGCCCUCGACAGCCGAGGGCCGCACCAUCCUCUUCAUCGGCGACGGCAGCCUGCAGAUGACCGUGCAGGAGAUCAGCACCAUGCUCCGCGAGAGGCUCGAUAUCAUCCUCUUCGUGGUGAAUAAUGACGGGUACACGAUCGAGCGGUGCAUCCACGGCAAGAACCAGGCGUACAACGAUGUCGCGCCCUGGCGGUACCUGCUUGCACCGGCCUUCUUCUCUGCAUACGGAAACGAAGAGACAGACGUUAGUGAGUCAUCAGAGAGUCUCCGGUCAAGGAAUACCCUCUACGUGAAGGAUGGCGAUGAUCUCAGAGCACUCCUGCAGAAUGAACAUCUCGCGGACGGCAAGGGACUCAGAAUGGCGGAAGUGCGUCUUGCGCGCGAGGAUGCGCCAGAGGGAGCUCUUACAAGGUUACUUGCUUUACAAGAGUAG